GUGGGCGGGCGGCCCAGGUCUCGGCUGUGACCCGAGCGGUGCCGCUGCGCGGCCUCAGCUCCGGCCAUGGGUCUCCUGUCGGACCCGGUGCGCCGGCGCGCGCUCGCCCGCAUCGUGCUGAGACUCAACGCGCCGCUGUGUGUGCUGAGCUAUGUGGCCGGCAUCGCCUGGUUCCUGGCGCUGGCUUUCCCGCCGCUGACCCAGCGCACCUACAUGUCGGAGAACGCCAUGGGCUCCACCAUGGUGGAGGAGCAGUUUGUGGGCGGAGACCGCGCCCGGGCCUUCGCCCGGGACUUCACGGCCCACCACAGGAAAUCAGGGGCUCUGCCAGUGGCCUGGCUGGAGCGGACGAUGCAGUCAGUGGGGCUGGAGGUCUACACGCAGAGUUUCUCCAGGAAACUGCCCUUCCCUGAUGAGACCCACGAGCGCUAUAUGGUGUUGGGUACCAAUGUUUAUGGCAUCUUACGUGCUCCACGUGCUGCCAGCACGGAGUCCCUGGUCCUCACUGUUCCCUGUGGCCCAGGCUCUACUAAUAGCCAGGCUGUGGGGUUGAUGCUGGCACUCGCUGCCCAUUUCCGAGGGCAAAUUUACUGGGCCAAAGAUAUCAUCUUCCUGGUGACAGAACAUGAUCUUCUGGGCACUGAGGCUUGGCUUGAAGCUUAUCAUGAUGUCAAUGUCACAGGCAUUCAAUCAUCUCCCCUUCAGGGCCGGGCUGGGGCCAUCCAGGCAGCCGUGGCCCUGGAGCUGAGCAGUGAUGUGGUUACCAGCCUUGAUGUGACUGUUGAGGGCCUCAAUGGGCAGCUGCCCAACCUUGACCUGCUCAACCUCUUCCAGACUUUCUGCCAGAAAGGGGGACUGCUGUGUACACUCCAGGGCAAGCUUCAGCCCCAAGACUGGACAUCGCUAGAUGGGCCACUGCAGAGCCUGCAGACAUUGCUGCUCAUGGUUCUGCGACAGGCCUCUGGCCGCCCUCAUGGCCCCCAUGGCCUCUUCCUGCGCUACCGUGUGGAGGCUCUGACACUGCGUGGCAUCAAUAGCUUCCGCCAGUACAAGUAUGACUUGGUAGCAGUGGGCAGGGCUCUGGAAGGCAUGUUCCGCAAGCUCAACCACCUCUUGGAGCGCCUACACCAGUCCUUCUUCUUCUACCUGCUCCCUGCCCUCUCUCGCUUCGUCUCCAUCGGCCUCUACAUGCCUGCAGCUGGCUUCUUGCUCCUGGUCCUUGGACUCAAGGCUCUGGAAUUGUGGAUGCAGCUACAUGAGGCUGGAGUGAACCCUGAAGAGGCUGGGGGGCCCUCUAACCCCGCCCCCACCCUGCCUGCAGCACAGGGUGUGAGCCUAGCCUCUCUUGUGGCUCCCUUGCUGAUCUCUCAGGCUAUGGGUCUAGCCCUGUACAUUCUGCCUGUGCUGGGCCAACAUGUGGCUGCCCAACACUUCCCAGUGGCUGAAGCUGAGGCUGUGGUAUUGACACUGCUGGCAAUAUAUGUAGCUGGCCUGGCUCUUCCACACAACACCCAUCGGGUGAUGAGUUCACAGGCCCCAGACCGGGGCUGGAUGGCGCUAAAACUAGUGGCCCUGAUCUACCUAGCACUGCAACUGGGCUGCAUCUCCCUCACCAACUUCUCCUUGGGCUUCCUGUUGGCUGCCACCAUGGUACCUGCUGCUGCACUCAUCAAUCCCCAUGGGCCUCGGUCUCUGUAUGCCAUCCUGCUGGUGCUGACAAGCCCAGCAGCCACACUCUUGGGCAGCCUGUUCCUGUGGCGGGAGCUACAGGAGAUGCCACUGUCAUUGUCAGAAGGCUGGCAGCUCUUCCUAGCAGCACUGGCCCAGGGUGUGCUGGAGCACCAUACCUACAGUGCCCUGCUCUUCCCACUGCUGACCUUGGGCCUAUACCCCUGCUGGCUGCUCUUCUGGAAUGUGCUCUUUUGGAAGUGAGGUCUGCUGCCUGGACACCCAGCUGGGGCAGGGCUCCCCAAACCCCCAUUCUACCUCCUCCCUGGGAAAUAAACAAAUGCUCUGUUUCUA